AAAUGAACGGCUUUAGCACCGAGGAGGACAGCCGCGAAGGGCCCCCCGCCGCCCCCGCCGCCGCCCCGGGCUACGGCCAGAGCUGCUGCCUCAUCGAGGACGGCGAGCGCUGCGUCCGGCCCGCGGGCAACGCCUCCUUCAGCAAGAGGGUCCAGAAGAGCAUCUCGCAGAAGAAACUCAAGCUGGACAUCGACAAGAGCGUAAGGCACCUAUAUAUCUGCGAUUUCCACAAAAACUUCAUCCAGAGUGUACGAAAUAAAAGGAAGAGGAAGACAAGUGACGAUGGUGGAGACUCUCCUGAGCACGACACAGACAUUCCCGAGGUUGAUCUGUUCCAGCUGCAGGUGAACACUCUCCGACGUUAUAAACGACACUACAAAUUGCAGACCAGACCAGGCUUCAAUAAGGCCCAGUUAGCAGAAACUGUCAGUCGACACUUCAGGAACAUACCCGUGAACGAAAAGGAGACCCUGGCGUACUUCAUCUACAUGGUGAAGAGUAACAAGAGUAGACUGGACCAGAAAUCAGAGGGCGGCAAGCAGCUCGAGUGAGGGUGAAGCACGUCUCCGGGGAAUGAGGUGUGAUGCUUAGUGCACAGGUGACAUCUGCUACAUCUACACCCAUAAAGACUGUUAAAUUUUAUUGUAAAUAAAAAUGUUUGAAUGGCGAAUACUCUAAAUCUUUUCGGUCAGGAGGCUUGUAUUCUCAUGAUUCAGCAUGUUAUACACAGACUUUCUCUUAAGGCAACUACUGGACUGAAAAAAAAAAAGAUCAGAAUGAGAAGGAAAGAAACGCAGUGUACUGCCACAUUCAACAAAGCAUUAAGUCAUUUCUGCCGGAAAUGUAGACGGACAAAUACUUUGGUAGGCACCUUGCAGUCCCACACUGCCACAGGUGAGGUGUAGCCCAGGAACGGUGGCAGGGUGAGGCUGGCAGUGGAGGUGUAUGAGCACGUCUGCUGGGAUCGUAGACACCCCGCUUUGUUGCAGGCUUUGUCAUUUAUCAGCAAAUCAGCUUGACACUGGUCCCCUCACCGGCCUUGUGCCUUGCAUACAGUAGGCACUCAGUCAGUAUUUGGUGGCUGGUCCAGCUGUCACUAACAGUGCCAGUCUUAUAAUGAUCUGCUUCCCACCUCUAGGUAUUGAGACCUCUGCUGUUUCUGUUGCUCACCACUUAACUUCCAGAGUGCGGAGGAAGUCCUAAUGCACCGACAGGAGGUUUCAGGGCAGACGAGGACAGCAGGGCAGCCUCAGGCGCCAAACUGCAUUCGUGGAGGCCCCAGAAACACUGGUGCAGAGGCCUUCCCCCUUCCUGCCCCCGGAGUCCUGGCCCUCUGUGUGCCCUCCACGCUUCAUUCUUCGGGGUGAAGCUAUGUAUUUGACUUGAGCCAUUCUCCUGGGCCAGAAAUACUUAUCAAAGAGAGAUAUUUAGUGGUUUGGGGCUCAUGUUUUUCUGAAGUAAUACUUAGUUCACAACCACAAGAGGCCGCCAAGGACAGUGUGAUUCCUGCUCAGAAGCCCAGCUCUGGGAUAGAAAAUCUGACCGGCCGUGACUUCUUGGACUUGGGGGUCAACAGCAAAUCAUGGGUUUGAGCAACAAAGGUCAGUGCCAUCUAAUUUUCAUUUUUGUGAGCAAUUUGCCUCUCUUUUAGGGGGAAAGAUUGCUAAAAUUUAUUUUUUUUAAAGGAUUAGGAAUUACCUGAUUUUGUGUGUGUGUGUGUGUGUUUAAAGACGCAGAUUCUCUAUCAAAGCCAAAGUAUCCUUUGAAAACAAAGCUUUAUAUCCAGAAGUAUGCUUUUGCAAAAUUUUCUAGUCAUUGUGUUGGGGGCCAGAGGGUGUGGACAGGGAUUGGGAAGAAAAGGGAAGAAAGGACUUGAAUUCUAAUUUCUGACCAUCUCCACACAUACUGUGGUCAGAAGUAUCACUGUCUUACUCAGUUUUAGUUCUGAGUUCUUAAGCCUUAAAGAAUAUGAGCAGCAGUGGACAACCUGGCCUGGUAGGGAGUUUUAAUAUCUCACAGGUGGCUGAGUCUAAGCAUCCACAGAGAGAAGUCAGAACAGCCGCGCCCCCAGCAGGGUGGUGGAGCGCCCAGAGGUCUUGGUGCUGUGGAGCAUGCUUUCCCUGCACGGAGACGGGGCCACCACUCGCACUAAAACACCGUGGGUCCCAUUGCAGCUACGCUUUCACCAGUGUUCACAGUGCAUGUCUAGCAGAUUGCAGCCUUUUAAAAUACGUAUAAAUGAAUAGAGAGAGAGCAAACUCUAGACUGUGAGGGGGUCUUAUUUUCAUACACCUGACUGUGAAUGGCACAUCGGUGAGCUCUCUGCCUGUUUUUAGUCAUUGAGAUUCAGUACAUAUUUAGAGAGUGUCUCACUAUUUACAGCUGAAAGCUGUUGGUGGGUAGGCAUCAAGAAGGCUCAAACGCCUGUGGCUUGUGUUGGUUUUUCCCUGAGAAGCUGAGUUAGAAGGGCUUUGAAGACAUCCAACAGCAAACCCUCUUUGCCAUGGGCAGUGUUUUCUCAUCAGGCUGGCCUUUGGGGGCAGAUGGGGUUAAGGCAUUGGUAGCCAGCUCUCUGGAAAUGUCCACAUCUUACUGAGGGGAAAGAAAAAUGUAUCUUUCUGAUGUUUGAACCAAAACUGUGGGUGUGUAGGUCACGGCACUGCUUCUUUAAAAGCAAAUCUGUGUUCCCAGUCGAGAGAGACCGCAGGGCAUUUCUGCACAAGAAGCUGUGGUGUUCGGCCCCAUCUCUUCCUGUGUGUCUGUACAAGUGCUUUUUUCCUGCGUGGAGCCUGGGGAACCUCUCCCGCCUCAGCCGGAUGCUGUGUGCACUCCAGGCCCAGGCCCUCUUCCCUCUAAAGUACUUCGGAAAGUGGAAGUUGUGGGUGUCUUUUCAACCUUUGAAAACAUGUCAGGUGAGAGAAAAGACAAAGCUCUCUGAACUUAUGUUUUUUCUUGUGUGCAGAAAUCUGUUCUUUGAUAAGACCACCAAGCCACUUGCCUUAGCCUCUUCUGCAGUUUCCCACAGCUUCAUCUGCGGGCAGGAGAGUUCUGCCUGUUAGAAAUGGUGGGCCCUCCAAAGCAACCGGGUCUGGCUUCAGGGAGCAGUGGGGUUUGGGGAGGGCGGCUUUGUAUCUCACCUGUCAAGGACUUGCACUUCGCUCCACCUGUAACAUUGCAGCAUUGCCUUCUCCCCUCUUGGUGCUCCUGGGCGAAACUGGAAUAUAAACUCCAGAACUGGUGUUGGCGCCUUAAGAGCACGGCUCCUGCCUCCGUUCCGGCCUGGUGUGGUUCUUUCAUACGCUCCGAAGCUUGUCACUCGGAAUUGUCAAUAUCCUGCUACUCAUGAUGCUUCAUUUUUAAGGUCUUUAAAAAACAAGUGGACAAAACUUCUUAUUUCAACAAAUGAACCCUUAGGUUGGCAACAGUGUGUGAAAAAGAUUUUGGCUGAAUCCCUUGAAAGAAAGCAACUGAAGGAUUCAAGAUCGGUGGUGUUAAAGGAAGAGGAAUUUCACUGAUGUGAUACAGCCGCCAAGUUGUUAGAUGUUCCUGUCAUGGCUAAACAGUCACAGCUAGUCUUCCAGAGAACAGAUACUCAGAACUGUUUAUAGCUGGAAUGUUGCAGCUACCUUGGCAUUUCAGCUGUUUAUUUUGUGGGAGCUUUUUGUUAAUAUCCCGCAGGGCACCUGCCUGGUGGAAAGCAGAAAGUAGGAGAGGGCUCUCACCGUGGGGCCCGGCCACGGACCCCAGGGCUGUUGCUGCGUGGAAAUCAGCUGAAGGCUCUCAGUCAUUACCAUGACUGGCAAGAUCCAAAAGUUGGGAAAGGGCCUUUAAGUCACCCAGUCCAGCCUCCCCAUAGGUGCUGACAUUCUGCUGACGACCGCCCACCAAGGGUUUGAGCAGCCUGGGCUUAAACACCUCUGAGGACAGAGAACUCACUACCUCCUGGGGAAGCCUGUUCUAUUUUUGUAAACCUCUGGCUUUUCUGUGUUCUCCAUAACUUCCAUCUGAGUCCUCUGCCCAGUAGGGGGCCACGUUAGUUGGCCAAGGACCUCAUUGCUGGCACUGUCCCAGGGCACAGUGCUUAUCUUUUGGAAAGAGCAGCUAGCAGAUAGACACCUUGGUGUCCUGGCUGUCUGUCCUUCCCCUGAGUAUGGGCCCAUUCAGUUCCUUGUUGGAGAUGUCACGGAACCCCCAUCAGGCUCAUUACACUCCUUGACCUUGCUGAAGCUGAUGGGGGAGGUCGGGGGGAGGAAGUGUUAUCUGCCUGCUAAAACUUACCUGAAGACAGAAGAGGCCUUAGUUUUGUGCUUGGCUCACAAAAACCGAUGCUCUCAUCUCUAAGGAAAAGUUUUAGCGGGGAGAUUUAAAAAUGUGGUCAUUGCUCUGUGUGGCAUCGAAAGGUUACACGGCCACCGAGGGCUUGUAUCUUAAGAUUCCUGCAAGAACAACUUCACUUCAUUGUUUUUAUCGAGAAAACAAAGCUUAGGAACUUGGGGGAACCACACGUCUCAGGGUCAGAGAAGUACCGUAUUUCCAAGCUGGAAAGUCCUUUAAGGUUGCCGCUGCCUAGUCAUUAAUUUUUAGGGAUGAGGAAACAGAAAUUCGAAAGGGUUUACUUACCUGAGUGCGGUGGCACCACCUGGGCCAGCCUCUCCUCCUGACUUGCCGGGCACUCGUUUCCAACUUGCAGCAUAGCUGUAACCCAGCCUGAAGUGAGCUGCCCUUGGAUCCUGGAGACCUUGCCACUGAGCAGAGUUUUGCAAGGCCAGCGUGGCUCUCAGGGACUGGGAACCAACUUGUAGGACGCAAGGUUGUGUGUAAAGAUCAGGAAGGCAGUCAGGUGAGUUUGCCAAACCGGGGGAGGGGAGAAUAGAAGUAGCCUAUAAUUUCAGACCAAGGUUCAAAAGUCCUGGCGGGAAAUGUGGUGUUGUCCUAGAAUCUAAAUUCUCAUGAAAUACACUUGCCGUGUGGUCAGUGGCCGCCUUUCAGGUGGCCCUUGGAGGUUGGGUAAUUCCGGUGACCCUGACUUGGACAGACACAGCUCUGUGGCCCUGCCAUCCGCAGCCCUGUCCCUGUGAGGGAGAGAGGCCGUUGAACUGAAGGACAGGUGAACUCAGGAUCAUGCCCUGGGAAGCAUGGUGCUUUAGGGGUGCCUUUGUAGUCCUCUCCUUUCAUGACAGAUUGUUUCCAAGCUUAUGGUCAGGAAGGGUAAAUUGAUCCCAUGUUUUGAGGUGGAAUCCACCCAGGGGCAAGGUGGGCCCUUUCUUCGGGCCGGGUGGUCUACCCUCGUUGCUUCACCCAGCUUGCAUCUUCAAGCACAAGCCUUUCGGUUGCUCUCGCCUAACGAACACAUCUUUGCUGAUGACAGAGGCUUGUACAGAAUCCCUGUUUCACGUGUCUGUUAUGUGUUAUGCCCAUCGGAGUGUUGGCGGGGGUGCGGUUUGUUUUUAUUUUUCCGUUUUGUAACUGCCUUAUCGAAAAGCAAGUGCCCUUCCAUUCCAGGCCUCCUCAUAUUGUACGUGUUUCCUGCCAAAUCGGGGGGAUCAUUUGUAUUUUAAUUUUGUAAUCUAUGGCUCUGUACUGUUGAAAGGCUCUCGAUUCUGUGGGGUCUCCUUGGUAUGUAUGUGACUUUUCAUGUUGCAAUAUCACACAGAUGGGACAGCCCGACUUUUGCUCUUAAUAAACGAUCUGAGUGAGAAACAAGA